GAGCUUCUCGUCUUCGUCAAGUCGCGCGGAGGUGUAUGAGUGACAGUAGUCGUCACGGCAGAAGAAAAAGUGAAAAUUUUCAGUGCAUUCGGGAAAAUAUGCACUAAAUUGUGCAAUUUUCGGCCUCUUUCAAGUGCGGAAGUAAGCGGAAAAUGGUGCGAUAGUAUACACCCUCGAAGGCAUUCGUUCGAUACGUGAAGUUUUGUCCUUGUUCGGUGAGUGUACCGAAGAAAGUUCCCGGAGGGGUUCAAGCUCCAAAGUGAAGUGCCGAGAAAAGAAAAAAAAUUGACCCCCUCCCCCCCUCCUUCUGGUUGGUGUUACCAUUUGGCGUGCGUGUGUACUUUUCGUGGUGGAGUCGCAGCCCCAACAACGAAGUGGUGGAGUUCUCCGCUAAGUCGCCGAUAGGAAGAGCCAUUUGAAAGGAAUAUACGGGCGGAAUUUCAGAAAACAUCAUAAACCUCGGAUAAACUUUAACCGCUGGCUAUGGAUACGAACGAAGCCGAUGCCCCGCAGGCAUCCACUUCUGCGGCGACCAUGCCAAAAUCGCCAUCCACCGGUGGUGGUCGCAAACGUAAACUAUCCACCGAUGAAUGCACUAACGAGCAGCCGAACAUGAAGAUCCUGUCGGUUGAACUGUCCGACAUUGAACUGCAGGUAUCGCUCAUGGACUUGAGCGACGAAAUCCUAAUGGAAAUUUUUCUCAACUUGGACAGCAAUAGCCUGGUUGCCCUGUCCGAGUGCUGUUUGCGCCUGAACAACUUAGUCCAGGACAAGAAGCUUUGGAUAUCGGCCGAUUUCAGCUCGUCCCGCUCGGGCACCCAGGAGCUACAAAGGAAGAUAAAACAUCUGCAAGCGGAAACCCGUUCACUUAAGAUCCGUGGCACGGCCGGUUUGUAUCCGCUAGAUAAGUGGAAAACGCCAACCCUGACCGCGAACCUGCUGAUGUGGAUUAACAAAUACUGCCCGCAGUUGGAGCACUUUGAAAUCAACGAGGGAUACUUCGACACGAACAACAUGGCGAUCAUUUCGUUUCCACCGAGUAUACGGACGUUGGUUUUCCGCAAAUGUGAAGCGGAUCGCUCAAUGGCUUCCGAGAUUCGGAUGGGAUUCCUGUCGAAAAUCGACAGAACAUUGCAAAAGUUGGAAGAACUCACAAUCGAAUAUUGCAGUUGGUUCGAUACGCACGAUUUUAUGGCUCUUUCUAAGGUGCCACAUUUGCGAUAUUUAAGCUUACGGGGCUGCGCCAACAUGAAGGAUAGCGUACCAUAUGCCAGUAUUGCUACGCGGUUUGGUUUUAAGAAAUUAGAGGUUCUAGAUCUUCGCGAUACCCCCAUAUCGGAUUCCGACGUCAGCUGUUUCAACAUUGUUCACUCGCUGAAAGAGCUUCUGCUGGAAUGUCCGGAGUACCUUCGAACCGAGCGCGGUUUGAAUGAGUACAACGAAGCCGAACGGCAACGUGUAGAACAGCUGCGCCAAAUAGCCAAUCAGGACAUUAUUAAUAUUCGAUACCAUCCGGGUGCCGAUGUUGCUGCCAAUCAGCAGGAAAACGCUCAACCAGCGGAUGAAAAUGCGGCUGAACCGGUUCCGCCGCCACGUCCUCCGCGACCCCAUUUUUUGGGAGAAGGACGCAACGUGUAUCGGUUUGUUAAUCGGCACUUUUUUCCUAACCUGCACGAGAAUGCCGGUGAUAAUGUGAUUCGGAUCAUCAAUCGGGCCGAUUUGGAUCCUGCAGGUGCUGCUGCAAAUCAAGCCGAUCAGCAACAACAAGCAAAUAAUAAUAACGAUGCACCAGCUGCAGGGGCAGGGGCGGCAGAUGCACCAGCGCCAGCAGCUGCACAAAAUGAGGAACAACCAGCGCGACCGGCGGCCCCAAUUAUAGCACCACUGCCACCUUUGCCAGAUAUCCCCGAAAUCCGCCAACGUCAUGUUAGAAUCGUGUACAAUCGACACAACAUCAUAAGGAUCGUUAAUCAUCCGGAACGGAACAACAACAAUAACAAUGGAGAGAACGUCCACAACGAACAGCAGCAGAAUCAAUUACCAUUAUACCGGCUACCGGUCGAGGUAGCUUAUCAACAAAUUUUUGAAGCAGGCAAUAGAGAUCGCGCAGAAAACGGUCCAGUUCCAGCUGUGGCACCUCAAGCUCAGGCACCUGCGGCUGCUGCUGCAGCAGCAGUGGUGGCAAAUGGUCCGGUCGCGAACGGGGGAGACGCCAUAAAUGGUCACGAAAAUCAAAACGCUGAAAACGGCGAACGGCCAGCUGCAGCAGCACCGGAAGUGCGGAAUCCACCGCCGCCUCAGCCACAGGAAGAUGUCAAUGUCCGAGUGAUUCUGCACGGGGCCAUACAGAACAACCAACCCAGGAUGAUGCCGCACGUGAUCAUCGUCAGAGGGGAGAACAAUCCCGCAGGAGCAGGUGAGGCAGCCGAUAACAAUCAGCAACGACCGGCCAACGCAUUCUACCAGUAUCUUAACAUAGGUCCAGGCGCCCAGGGACCGAACUACGUUUCGCUGGUCAGCGAUCGCGGGGUGUGCGCAUACGGCGUUUCCCGACAAGAACUCGGAGGGGCGGCGUUCAUCCGAGAGUACCUCCGGCCAAACGCCACCAGCCUGGAGCGACUGUUGGUGCGAAACUACAAACUGGUCACCGAUACCUCGCUGGAUCAUCUCGAAUCGGCUGCACCGCAUCUGAAGCUGCUGGACGUUACCGGAACCUCGGUCACAGCGGAAGGCGUCCGUAGGUUCCAUCUAGCCCGACCUAACUGUACCAUACUUUCGGACUUUGAUUAGACUAGCGUGUUGAUUAGAUUAUAAUAUAUUAAGUCAGGGUAGGACUGUACUGUGCGUAUUUGUUUUAAGAAGACAAGUUUUAUGGAUCUUUUCUACUGCUUAGAAUUCCUAUGAAAAUAUUUAAAUAUUGAUUUUUUGAAUUAAUUUAAUGAACUAAGGAAGCAAACUUCCAAGUAAACGACCCAAUUCAAAAAUUAUUUUCUAAGACAACUACACUUCGAUUAAAUUAAGAAAAACAUUUUUAUUUAAAUAUAUUUUUUUAUUUUACAAAAAUGAAAUUUACAAGUGAAAAAGGUACGUCACUAAAUUAUCCUAGAAUCAUUACAAUGAUUGAAAAAUAAAUGUGCAGUAUUUAAAGAAUA